ACUGAAGAUUUUAAUAACAAACCCUCCACGGUCAAAAUGAAUACAGAUAGCGGUGGGUGUGCUCGCAAACGUGCCGCCAUGUCUGUUACAUUAACAUCUGUGAAGAGAGUUCAAAGUUCUCCAAACCUAUUGGCUGCAGGGCGAGAUUCUCAGUCUCCAGACUCAGCUUGGAGAGCUUACAAUGAUGGAAACCCAGAGGCACUGAAUGGAGAUGGUACAUAUUCCUCUCUUGCAGCCAAAGGCUUUAGAAGCGUUCGUCCAAACCUACAAGAUAAAAGAUCACCAACCCAGAGCCAGGUAACAGUGAACGGCAACGCUGGAGGAGCUGUGAGUCCCAUGAGUUACUAUCAAAGGCCAUUCUCCCCGUCAGCCUACUCUCUUCCAGCCUCUCUCAACUCGAGCAUGAUCAUGCAGCAUGGCAGAUCCCUCGAUUCUGCAGAAGCAUCCUCCCAGCAUGAGCAGUCUCUGGACGGGACCACAGGCAGCUCAAUCCCCCUGUACAGAUCGUCCGAGGAAGAGAAGAGAGUGACAGUCAUCAAAGCCCCGCAUUACCCGGGGAUCGGGCCGGUGGAUGAGUCUGGAAUCCCCACAGCAAUUAGAACGACAGUGGACCGGCCGAAGGACUGGUACAAGACAAUGUUCAAGCAGAUUCACAUGGUGCACAAACCAGAUGAUGACACAGACAUGUAUAAUACUCCUUACACAUACAAUGCAGGUCUGUACAACGCACCCUACAGCGCUCAGUCACACCCUGCUGCUAAGACCCAAACCUACAGACCUCUGCCCAAAAGCCACUCUGACAACGGCACAGAUGCCUUUAAGGAUGCGUCCUCCCCAGUGCCUCCCCCACAGGUUCCACCACGACCAAGGGACCGGUCUUCAUCAGAAAAGCAUGACUGGGAUCCUCCAGACAGAAAAGUGGACACCAGAAAAUUCCGGUCUGAACCAAGGAGUAUUUUUGAAUAUGAACCUGGGAAGUCAUCUAUUCUUCAGCAUGAGAGACCCCCUCCUAAAAAGGCUCUGGACUAUGUUCAAGAUCAUUCUCCUGGUGUUUCCAAUGAGGCCUCUGUAUAUCAGUCCUCUAUAGACAGAAGCUUGGAAAGGCCCAGUAGCUCUGCAAGCAUGGCCAGUGACUUUAGGAAACGGAGGAAGAGCGAGCCUACAGUGGGGCCACCUAGGGGCUUAGCAGAGCAAAGCAGGACCAGCGCAGAUCGGGACCUCCCAGGAUCAAGCGCCACCCUUACCAAGUCUUUUAUUAGUUCUUCUCCUUCCUCUCCUUCAAGAGCAAAAGGUGGGGAUGAUAGCAACCUAUGUCCAUCCCUUUGCAGUUACUCAGGGCUCAACGGCGCCCCCUGCAGUGAGUUAGAGUACUGUAGCAAGUAUAGACAGCACUUGGAUGUCCCCCGGGAUUCUGCCAGGGCCAUCACUUUCAAGAACGGCUGGCAGAUGGCCCGACAAAAUGCAGAGAUCUGGAGCAGCACCGAAGAAACGGUGUCCCCCAAAAUCAAAUCCCGGAGCUGUGACGACCUCUUAAAUGAUGACUGUGAUAGCUUUCCAGACCCUAAAAUCAAAUCGGAAAGUAUGGGCUCCCUUCUCUGCGAAGAAGACUCCAAGGAGAACGGUUCAGAGGUAUGGGCAUCUCCCUACAUCCAAGAGGGUCACGGUAACGGCAGGCCAAGGACCAGGCACAGGGCGGCGCACAAUGCCCCCGGAUUCCUCAAGAUGUACAAGAAGAUGCAUCGCAUCAACCGCAAGGAUCUGAUGAACUCGGAGGUGAUCUGCUCUGUGAAGUCGCGAAUCCUGCAGUAUGAAAAGGAGCGGCAGCUGCAAGGCCUGCUGCAGGGCUGGAGCCAGUCUUCCACGGAGGAGGUGCCCAGAGACAUGGUACCCACCCGCAUCUCCGAAUUCGAGAAGUUGAUCCAAAAGUCCAAAUCGAUGCCAAAUUUAGGAGAUGAAACGUUAUCUCCCAUAACUCUAGAGCCCCAACAGAAUGGUCUGUGUCCCAAGAGGCGGUUUUCCAUCGAGUCUUUGCUGGAAGAAGACACUCCAAGCAGACACACUUCGCAGGUUCAACGAAGCUACUCGUCGAAAACCCUGGUGCCCGUUCACAUUGAAGUCACCAGCGACGAGCAGCCCAGGGCUCACGUCGAGUUCUCCGACAGUGACCAGGAUGGAGUCGUGUCAGACCACAGUGACUACAUUCACGUGGAAGGGUCCUCCUUCUGCAGCGAAAGUGACUUUGAUCAUUUCUCCUUCACCUCCUCGGAAAGUUUCUACGGAUCCAGCCAUCACCACCACCAUCACCACCACCACCACCAUCACCGACACCUCAUCAGCUCCUGCAAAGGCCGGUGCCCCGCCUCCUACACUCGAUUCACCACCAUGCUAAAACACGAAAGAGCCAAACAUGAAAACAUCGAACCACCCAGAAGACAAGACCUGGACCCUGGCUUGUCUAAACUUGCAUUUCUGGUCAGCCCUGUGCCUUUCAGGAGGAAAAAAAAUGUAACUCCCAAAAAGCAAGCUGAAAAGGCCAAAUGCAAAGCCUCUGUGUUUGAGGCUCUGGAUUCUGCCCUUAAAGAUAUCUGCGACCAAAUCAAAGCUGAAAAGAGAAGAGGAAGUUUGCCAGAUAACAGUAUAUUGCAUCGUCUCAUCAGUGAACUGCUGCCAGACAUUCCUGAAAGGAAUUCCUCCCUAAAAGUUCUAAGAAGGAGCCCCUCCCACCAGCCUUUCCACCCCCUGUCUCGAGAUGGUGCUAUCCAUUGUCCAUUGUACCCAAAUGAUUGCGAGAGAAUGCCUCGCAGUGCCUCUUUCCAAGAAGUGGACACAACCAUCAAUUACCACCACCAGGAUCCUGAGUGUGCACUGAGUUUCCAAGACCAAGAGUCCCCGAGAAAUUACCCAUCGGUUUUGACGGACCUGGGGCGAAGUGCACCGAGGGACCGACGAGGAACUCCAGAUAAAGAGAAAUUGCCUGCAAAAGCUGUUUAUGAUUUUAAGGCUCAGACAUCUAAGGAGUUGUCCUUUAAGAAAGGGGAUACCGUCUACAUCCUAAGGAAAAUUGAUCAAAAUUGGUAUGAGGGAGAGCAUUAUGGACGAGUAGGCAUUUUUCCAAUCUCAUACGUGGAGAAACUCACCCCUCCUGAAAAAGCACAGCCUGCAAGACCCCCUCCCCCAGCCCAGCCUGGAGAGAUUGGAGAAGCCAUAGCUAAAUACAAUUUCAAUGCAGACACAAAUGUGGAGCUAUCACUGAGAAAGGGAGAUAGAAUUAUUCUUCUGAAAAGAGUUGAUCAAAACUGGUAUGAAGGUAAAAUUCCAGGAACCAACAGACAAGGCAUCUUCCCAGUUUCCUACGUGGAAGUGGUCAAGAAGAACACAAAAGGUGCUGAUGAUUACCCUGACCCUCCAAUACCCCACAGCUACUCUAGUGAUAGAAUCCAUGGCUUGAGUUCCAACAAGCCUCAGCGCCCUGUGUUCACUCAUGAAAACAUUCAAGGUGGGGGGGAACCGUUUCAGGCUCUAUAUAACUAUACCCCUAGGAAUGCAGAUGAGUUGGAACUCAGAGAAAGUGACGUCAUUGAUGUAAUGGAAAAGUGUGAUGACGGAUGGUUUGUGGGAACCUCAAGAAGAACCAAAUUUUUUGGUACUUUUCCGGGAAACUAUGUCAAGAGGCUGUGAAUCACUCUCCUUCCUUAUUUAAGCCGCAUUUCAGCAACACAUCUGCAUAAACUUGCCUCAAACACCACCACCACCCCCCCCUUGCAGGCCUUUGGUUUCCAGUAAUAUCAUCACCAUCUCCACCCACCUGCCAUCACCAAGCCAUCAGCAAAGUUGACUGCCACUGUGAGCCUUGGAGAAGCAUGGCAGACACACAGCCACAUGCAAGCACGUUUUCCUGCUUUCUGCUCCAGACUUUGAAAAUCUCAUGGUUGAGAUCAGAAAGAAAAUCGUCAGUAAAGGAGAAUGUCUCCAAGAGGCUCUCUGGUGUCAUGGUGAUAUUUCAACUUCUCUGGAAGAUGCUCUCCCUCACAGGGCAACCAGAAGAUUGUUUAUUCUGACUUGCUGUGGUUUGUUUCUUCCCCUUCUUAGCUUGGAAGUAUAUGUUUCUUUCACAAGUUUGCCUAGUGUCCUGGUUUACACUAUAGGAAAACUGUACUUCAGCUAUUGUUUGCCUGCACUUAUAUGUUGUUAUAUGCACAGUGAUUGCAAAAUCUAAAGCAAGAGUAGGAAAGUUAAUUUGGAUGGGUGCGACUGUUGAUCAAAUAUACAUUUUCAGGUAGGAGUCUUGACCUGCAAUUUUUGUUGUACUUUUUUUAGAAGUGCAAACAGUGACUGAAUAAGAGCCUUUGGUGAUUAUCAUAAGACUACAAGAGGUUUAGCUAGACAGCAGGAAAAAAAUCUAUUGUGUUGUAAAGUUGCAUUGCUAUUUUAUAUUAAAAUGUAAUCAUCAGCAUCUUGGACAAUGAGCUCUUAGUGUAUUAUUUAUCUGAGAAAACUUAAAUAAAGCAGUGUUAGUGAGAAGUGCAAAGAACUAUCCAAACAUAGAAGCUUGAAAGUAUCUGUAAGCAAUAUUAGUAGGUAAGAUUACACUGUGUGUACCUGUACACAUUUGAGAUUGUAUGAGAACAUAGAAUGCAUACGAUAGGUUGUACAUUUUAUGAAAAUGUAAAAGAAUCCCACAUAUUAUUUUAUAGAAAUAGAAUACUUCAGAAGCAUCACAAGUGUUAAGGCUGGUUUUAGCAAGGAUUAUGGUCAAUACAAUUAUUUUUACUAUGAUAAUUAUUUUUCUUCUAUGGAACCCAGAAUCCUGGCUACAUUUGAGGACAGGAAUAUGUUAAGCUUAAUUUUCCUGGUGUGCGUAAAAUAUGUCUUAGAAAUAAAUUAGGCAUGUUUUAAUGACAGUGUUAAAUCAUUCAGGUUAUACUUUCUGCCUCACAGCAGAAAUUCACAAAAUAUUGAACCUGAAAGAUUUAAUUGGGUUAACAGUGCCUGACCUACACACACCCUGAGAACUAGCUUUGUAUUUCUUAUGACUUUGCAUAAGAAUGAUUCAUCUUUGGAUCUUGAGCACCUUAUAAUAGAUAAAACUUUUUAUGGCAUUUCUUCAGUGGAUAGUGACUGAUCUUUUCACAAUACAUAAUUUCAGAUUUUGUACAUAUGUUUGGGGAUUUUUUUGUACAGACUAUUUAGUUGUUG